AUGUCGCAGUUGGAAUUGGAGUUGAAAGCUGACAACUCCCAGACAGCCAGUGUACUUAGCUGGAGAGAUGAAAUUGAGUCAGGAUCUGUACUCUUCUCCCUACCCCUCUCUUCAUUCUUCUCUGGACAGGGCAACUCUAGGGAGUACAUAGAGGCUAGUGGCUAUGUACUGAAAACUGUUUGGUUUGGGGUAUUAACUUGGUUCAGUUUCUGGUUCUUGAAGCCUUAUUUGUUGCAGCUGUACCUCCAAGGUGGACUCCAGGACAAAGAGGCUCCCAGCUCCCCAGCACCGUCUAUCACUCUUAGCCAGAGUUCCUACCUUCCUCACAGGACAGAGCAGUUUACCAAGCUACAGCUGGCUGAGGUGGAGAAAGUGUUUGAGGAGAACGUUGGCUCAAAUGGAGCCCUGGACAUGAAAGCUUUCAUUAGGUCCAUGAAGAAGGUGCUGAACAAUGUGUCAGAUGAGAUGCUGGAGACACUGUUCUUGAAGGUGGACUCAGACUGUAAUGGCUAUGUCACCUGGCCAAAGUAUGUGGAUUACAUGAUGCGGGAGUUCCAGGGAAAGGAGGAGAUGAGGAAGAGUCAGUACCGCCUGCACUUCCAUCUUCCCAUGAGGAUUGUCCGCCUGAAUCAUGGGAGUGAGAUUGUGAAAGUGGAGUUUUUAAUCCAACAGUUCAAGAAGAUUGGGUGUUUCCUGACUGUCACCAAGGAUGGAGUCCUGCAGUUCCGGUCUGAAUCCUUCUCACUGACCAGCUCCUUUAAGCUUAAUGAGCUCCAGCAGAUCCACAAUCAGCAGAUGUGGGUCAUCGACAUGGUGUGCCUGCACAACAUGAACCUCAUUGCCGUUGCGUCCACUGAGCUGAAGAUAGAGUUCUUCGAUAUCAGUAACCAUAAUUGUGUCCGGGCCUUCACCUUUAUUGACCUGGAUAGCUGUGUCCUGGUCAUGGACUACUGGUCCGACUAUCAUAGAGGUGUGUUCUGCUAUGGGGACACCAAGGGCAAUGUCGUCAUCUUCACCUCUGACAACGUGACCAAUGGGGUGUUCAACCCCAGCCUCCUCCCCAGGACCUCCAAGUGGGGAAGAAUGAAGCCUGCUGGCUAUCCCUGGGGAAGCCCCUUCUGCCUCGAGGGCCAGGAUUUUGCAACCUCCUCAUAUGGCUGUGAGGUGGCUUCUGUUCUCCUUGGUCUUGACCUGCCUGCAGAACACUGGUCCAAUAUUUCCCUCAAGAAACUCCUAAAAGAGAAGUCCACUUUGUAUAGAAGUUACCAACUGAAGGCUCUCCAUCACAACUGGUGUCAACAGGUCAAGUUCAUUCCUGGGCUGAACCUGGUGGCCUCCUGUGCAGCUAUUGCAAAAACCUCUCUGGUGCUGACAAUAUUACCAGCUAAAGACCCCGAGAAACUUAAGUAAGGAGCAUCUUCUGUAGGGAGGGGGAAGCUAGUGUAUUUCUGGUGGGUCUGAUUUUCACUUCAGUCACAUGUGGACAUCCCUGCCUAGCUUGGAGCCACCUUCGUGUCAGUGGCAUCGCCAGUGGGCAGGGCAGUGUCCUGAGGAGCAUGGGAAGCAGUGCCUGUCCUGCAGGCUGACUGGUGUGGGGGCUAAAGAUGGGCUCCGGACUCUGGUUUUAAUCGUCAUUCCAGCAUUGCCUCCAGUGGCAAGAGGAUAAUAGGCUUCUCUUACCAAUUAAUACGCAACAGCAAAGAAGCCAGCACGUGGUAAGUGGGCAGUCAAAAAAUUUUUUCUGAAUGAAGGAAUGAAUGUGAGUUGCUUCACUUCUGUGAGCCUCAGUUUCCUUUUCUGUAAAAGGAGUGGCGAUAGCUUGCCUCAUUUGCCUCGGGGAUUCCUUGAGGAAUAAUGUUCUGUGUGGUGUGUGUUCAGCACCUUGUAGCAUUUAUUCUUCGGAGAUGGUGCCACUCUGUUUUCUUCAUUUUAUUUAUUAUUUUAUUGUUUUAUUAUUCAUAUGUGCAUACAAGGCUUGGGUAUAGGACAGCUAUAGGACAGCUAGCAUUCCAUAACUAGCAUUCUGACUUACUCCACUGUCAAGAGGCUGCCUGUCCAGAGCUGACCUAAGGCAGUCAGCCCUCAGCUUAGAGAAGUUAAUGAUUCAACAGCCAUUUGAGGGAGCUUGGGUCAGAUCUUAUGCCAACCAAUCUGUAGGGCUGCUUUGUAUCUACAUCCCAUGGCCCCCAAUACCACCAUUAAAGCUACCACAUUCCCAGGCACAUGGGGAGGCCUAGAUCUUGCCUCAUAUGUCACUCCUACUGGCCUUCAAGGCAAGCCCUAGCCACUUACCUGCUUCAAUAUCUUGCUAUAAAGGACAGCACACAGGGCUGUGUUGUGCGUUGUGAACUUCCCUGCUUUUAUAGGCCCCUCAGACUCCAAGUAUCCACUUAGGAUCCCAAUCUGCAUGGACAACAAGGGCAGACAGAGUCACAAGGGCUCUGCCCUCAGUGACUAAGUCUCCCUUCUGUGAGCGACCCAUAAAGAAAACUCCAAGUUGCAACAUCAAGACAUUCCAACUGUACCCACCAGGCUCCUCAGCUCCCCGGGGAUUGCUGCUGCUCUCAUGUUACUCUACAGUCCCCACACCAGGGUUGGGCCCCUUUCACCUUUUAUCUGCUGACGAGCCAAGCUUCACAUGGAUGUUCCCUCCAUGGGGCUGCCCCAGCAUAGAUUAAGGAUUUCCCUAUGCUUCAAGCCCCUAACAUUUGAUGCUUUCAUAAUA